GCGGGCGUCCCCGAGCGGCCUCCGAUGAGACGCGGCGCGAAGAGGCGGCGGCGCCGGCCCCGGGCCGCCUGGGGCGGCGGCUACGGAGCGGAAGGAGGGGCCGCCGGGCUGGAGGCGCUGGAGGAGAAGGUGGUGUACUCGCGAUCGCAACUGUCGCUGGCCGGCAGCACGGAGGCGCUGGGCGACGCCUUCAAGCUCUUCAUGCCGAGCAGCACGGAGUUCAUGAGCUCGGAAGCGGAGCUCUGGAGCUUCCUCUGCAGCCUCAAGCAUCAGUUCUCCCCGCACAUCCUGCGCAGCAAGGACGUCUACGGCUACUCGUCGUGCCGGGCGCUCGUGCCCGACCCCCCGGCGCCCGCCGGCCGCCACGCGCGCCGCCCGCGCCCGCGCGCCGCGCCCAGGAGGAGGCGCCGCGGAGCUCGGGACGCCCGGGCAGCCUGCGCUCGCACCCCGCCGCCGUCUCCGCCGACGCCGCCGCCUCCGCCUCCGCACGCCGCCGAGCCCGGGCCGCCCGCGUCCUGCUUCGGGGGCCGCACCCUGGAGGAGAUCUGGAGGGCGGCCACCCCGACGUUGACGAGCUUCCCGACCAUCCGCGUUGGCGACGACGUGUGGGGCGAGCGCAGCCUGGCGGUGGCGCGGCGCAGGGCGCGCCAAGUGCUCCGAGUGGACCUGGAGCCCGUGGUGAGGCUGCGCCGCUUCCCGGUGCCCCGGGCGUGACGCGCGCCGUGGCGCCUCCUG